AUGUCUGCUAUCGCCUGCAAACAUCUUCGUCCGCGAAAGUUUGCACCUCUCGGCUCUGCCGAGACGUCGACUGCCCCUCUCUUGAAGGGAAUUGUGUUUGAUGUGGACGGGACUUUGUGUUUACCACAGCACCACAUGUUCAGUGAAAUGAGAGCAGCACUAGGAAUCGAUCGCUCCAUCGACAUCCUCCAGCACAUCCGCGAACUCCCAGCCGGAGAACAAGCCACAGCCGUAUCCAAAGUGCAAGCAGUAGAGCGCCGAGCCAUGGCCGACCAACAGCCACAGCCCGGCCUGGUUCGCCUAAUGGACUACCUUAAAUCCCGUGGGUUACGACGGGCGCUCUGCACCCGGAACUUCGAAGCACCAGUCCAGAACCUAAUUGACAACCAUCUCGACGGACAUAUCUUCCUACCAAUCAUCACUCGUGACACGCCCAAUCUCCUGCCCAAGCCUGAUCCCGCGGGCAUUCUGUAUAUUGCGAGUGAAUGGGGUCUUGCUGAUGGUCAGAAUUUGAUCAUGGUUGGUGAUAGCAUUGAUGAUAUGACAGCUGGGCAUAUGGCUGGCGCUGCGACGGUGUUGCUUUUGAAUGAGCUGAAUGCGCAUUUGAAGGAACAUCCGCAUACGGAUCUUUGUAUUAAGCAGCUGGAUGACCUGGUUGGUAUUCUGGAGGAGGGAUUCCUCGGGACUAGAAAGAAUGAUGAGCAUGGCGCGUGA